GAGCGCGUACUUUGAAACGAAAAAGAUAUGGAGAAAACUCAAUAUUCCUUUCCACUGCUCCCUGCUGAUCAGCUAGUUCAGGAUCUUAACAUCAUAGCAGAUUUACCUCUGGAGGAGAAGGACUUCAAACAACCAAACAGUCAGAGGUGGCAGAAGAUAUAUUGCCGUUUGGUUGAAGUUCUGUCAGGUGUGUCAUUUGAGAGUAUUAUACAGCAAGUUUUGUAUGUCAAAGAUGAGAUGGAGUUUCCAGAAUUGUACGAAGAAGCCACUGAAAUUGUCCUACUUUCUCUUACAUUAAAAAGAAUGCUGUCGUCUUGUGGAAUUGCUGAUUUCUCUCUGAAGGACGUCAAAGAACCAUCCCCAAACAGAGUUCUAAAGAUCAUGUGUGCUAUCGCCAAUUUUAUAAAAUUCCAAAAAGGAAGGAUUCAGGUGUACCAGGACUUGAAGGAGGAAAAUGACAGAUUUCGGGAUCAAUUUGAUCACAUGAUCCAGAAACGAGACAGAAUCAAAGCAAAGAUUCAGGAACUAAAAGCUGAAAAACCAAAAAAUGACCCAGAAUUUGCCAAGAUCCAAGAACAGCUGGAUAUUCUGAAUGACGGAUUACAGGAACGACUCAAAAAACAAGCUGUGAAACAGAAGGCUGCCACCGAGGUCAAGGCCAGGCUAGCGGAAAAAGUAGCCAAUAGGGACAAAGUAAAGUUGGCCAUCACCCAAGCUGAGGAGGAGGGACAGAGGCUGAGUCAGAAGAUCGUCCAGUCCCCCGAGAAAGUGAUGGAGGAGCAGGACAUGAUGAAGGUACACCUAGGGGAGCUCCGGGGGAAUCUGGAGAGGAAGAGGCAGCAGCUGGAGGCCAAGAGGCAACAGGUGGAGGAGUUCAAGGUCGCCAUCUCCAACAACGAGAAGGCCACCAAACUGUUACACAACAUCAAGGUGGAUGUGGACGCUGCCAUAUCCAAGGCCAAUGACAUCAAGGCCUAUAGAGAGAAGACGGUCGACAAGAAAGAUUCGAUGCGAGAUCUGAGGAAGAAGAUUGAGAUCGUGGAGGAGAACAUCUCUAAUCGACAGGAAAAGCUCUACAAACUCGGCCUCCAACAGCAAAACAAGAACAAGGGAAUGCAGGAAACACUCAAUCAACUGCAAGAGCAGCGUCUGUUGAUGAUGCAACACUUCAGUGAUAAAGAGAAAGGUUUAAGAGAGUUGGAGGAGCAAAGACAGCAUCUUCUGAAUGUUUUACAAGAAAGGCAGCGAGCACAUGCAGAAAAAGCCAAUGGCAUUAUGGGACUUUACGCAGAGCUUGUUGGAGCAGUUGAUAAAUAUCACACUAAAAUUGGAGUAGGCUGGAACAAAGUACGAGAUGCUUUCAAUGAAUGACCAUAUUAUCAACAUACAAAGAUGUACAUGUAAAACUCAGCCAAGCCCAUGCUUUGUGACUUUGAUCCAAAGACACAUGACAGGAAUGUGAAGCUUUCACAAUAGUACCAGUAGAUUAAGUUUAUUGUUUAAAGAGAAACUGUUUGUUAAUUCCUAAUUUUUUUAGCACUUUAUUUUAGCAGAAUUAAAAUUUUUAAUGACAGAA